CUAGAACUACAAUCGAAUCCGGGCUAAGAAUUACCAACGACGUUGGCGGCCUCCCUUCGGACGCAUGCCCCGCACCUUCGCGGGUUUGCAAUCUCGAGAGAACUCGGAUUAUGUGCCUUCAACGGAUUACAAAGGAUCAGGAGCCCCUAUGGCUGAGUUGGCUGCUUGCACAGAUCUACCUACCAGACUACCCGCAGUCACCAUGCCGUCAGUAUGCCAGGUUGAUACCAAGUUGUCCACUCAAGAUUUUAGUCAAUGGUUAUCGUGCUGAAAGGUGAGAGGAUCAAUUGCUAGAUCUCUAUCAAGUAGGAUAUCCUCCAAAAAUCAAAAGAGUGUAAUUCGACAUCACACGAUCCUUAGGUAGCUUUCUCGCCUCGGAGCACAGGUGAACUAACUUGAU